UAUUGUUUUGCACAUUUCAAGCAAUGAAGUGAAGUAAAGUUAUUUUUUAAUUUUACAGGUUGAGUCCAAUACAACUGAUCUACUGCGCUGCUACUAGAGUGUCUUUGUGGAGCUCUUCUGCUUAACUACUUCAGUCUCCGGAAUGGCUCCUCCAAACUCCCUGUCAAAACCGUUGUUGCAAAACAGAGGAGUGAUUAGGAAUGCUACUAUUGAAGAGAUCGAAGCGGGGAAAUCUUUGAUUGAGGAAGAUGCUUAUGCCCAGUAUUUGGUGGCUGCUAUUGGUCUCCAAGACUCUACCCCUCUUAAUACUCCCACGGAACUUAAUCUCAAGCUGCACAAAGAAGAGGGUGACUUGUUAUCAGACCCUGCAACCUAUUGCAUGUUGGUUUGUAGCUUGGUCUAUCUAACAAUUACUACACUAGAUAUUUCUUAUGCAGUCCAAUAGGUUAGUCAGUUCAUGGCCUCUCCUCGACACCUUCAUAUGGUUGCAGUACGAUGAAUCAAUCAUUCACUAUGUUCAUGGCACAACUUUGUGGUGAUUUUGCUCUCCCGCUGGUAGUUCACUUCAUCUUGUAGCAUACAAUGAUGUUAAUUAUGCCGGGUGUAGUGACAUUUGAUGUUCUACUAUGAUUUGAUGUAUGUUUCUUUGCACGGCUAUUAGUUUUUGGAAAAGCAAGGAACAAACCAUGUUUCCAAGUCCUCUACUGAAUCCAAAUAUAGAGCCAUGUCCCAAGCUUGUGCUAAGAUGCAUUGGUUUUGAGGGCAGUUGGCUGAACUUGGCUUCUUUCUGGGUGGUCUUACUUCCCUUUAUGCA